GCAGUGGCAAGGCUGGGCGCCACCAUGAACAAGGUGUCUGUCGUCAAGGAAGGCUGGCUCCACAAGAGAGGUGAAUACAUCAAGACCUGGAGGCCACGCUACUUCCUGCUAAAGAGUGAUGGGUCGUUCAUUGGCUACAAAGAGAGGCCAGAGGUCCCUGACCAGAGUUUGCCCCCUUUAAAUAACUUCUCUGUAGCAGAAUGCCAGCUCAUGAAAACAGAACGCCCUCGGCCCAACACCUUCGUCUUCCGGUGCCUACAGUGGACAAUGGUUAUUGAAAGGACCUUUCACGUGGACUCUCCAGAUGAGAGGGAGGAGUGGAUGAGGGCCAUCCAGAUGGUGGCCAACAGCCUGAAGAAUCAGGAGCCUGGGGAGCACUCGAUGGACUACAAGUGCGGCUCCCCAAGCGACUCCUCAGCAAUCCGGACCAAGACGACCAUGAAUGACUUCGACUAUCUCAAGCUUCUGGGCAAAGGCACCUUCGGCAAAGUCAUCCUGGUUCGGGAGAAGGCCACUAGGCUCUACUACGCCAUGAAGAUCCUGCAGAAGGAGGUCAUCAUUGCCAAGGAUGAAGUGGUCCACACAGUCACCGAGAGUCGUUUGCAGAAUACCAGACACCCAUUUCUCACAGCACUCAAGUACGCCUUUCAGACAAACGACUGCCUGUGCUUUGUGAUGGAAUUCGCCAAUGGCUGGGACCUGUUUUUCCACCUGUCAAGAGAGAGCGUCUUCACAGAGGACAGGGCGAGGUUCUAUGGGGCCGAGAUCCUGUUGGCCUUGGAGUACCUGCACUCCCGGGAUGUGGUCUACCGCGACAUCAAGCUGGAAAACCUCAUGCUGGACAAAGAUGGGCACAUCAAGAUCACUCACUUUGGCCUCUGCAAGGAAGGCAUCACGGAUGGGGCCACCAUGAAGACCUUCUGCGGCACCCCGGAGUACCUGGCCCCGGAGGACCACUAGUGCCUCUUUGAGCUGAUCCUCAUGGAGGAGAUCCGGUUUCCUUGCACGCUGAGCCCCGAGGCCAAAUCUCUGCUGUCUGGGCUCCUGAAGAAGGACCCCAAACAGAGGCUGGGCGGGGGUCCCCGGGAUGCCAAGGAGGUCAUGGAGCACCGCUUCUUCUCGGCCAUCAACUGGCAGGACGUCUUGCAGAAAAAGCUCCCGCCCCCGUUUAAGCCCCAGGUCACGUCAGAGAUUGACACAUGGUACUUUGAUGAUGAGUUCACAGCGCAGUCCAUCACCAUUACCCCCCAGACCGAUAUGAUAGCAUGGGCUCUCUGGAGCCAGACCAGCGCACCCACUUCCCACAGUUCUCUUACUCGGCCAGCAUCUGGGAGUGACUUGACCUGGAGUGGAGCCCAAGCAGGAUGGACGGGCGGCUGCCUCAGCCACGGGCCACCCCCGUUCUGGGUCACUCUGCCUCCGGUCCCAUUCCCCUCACCCACACAUGCUUUUCUUCUCCUCCCCAAACUCGCCUCUGAAGGAUCUGGCCCUUCCUUCAUCCUCCCUGCCUGGCAGUCACUUGCUGGCCUUCGCCUGACCGCGAACCUGUGGCCCUGGAGGGCACUGGCAGGGAGAGGGCAGAGGAGGACCCGGGGUGCUUAGGACCCAGUGAAACCUAGCUCGCUUCUGGCCACGCGGCCCGGGCACCUCCUCCCCAC